ACACCAGCUGCAGUAUCGACGGCUGAGGUGCCCGUAAAGGCGAAGUCACUGUCGAUGGUUCCCAGGAACGCGAGGUCAUGUGACAGCAGCCAGGUCUCUUGUAGGGCGACCACGUCCGCUGAGCUACAUAGCCGUCGCACACACUCCACUGAUCGAACUACGUUCUUACAAUUAAAACUGACUAGUUUGUUGUAACCUAUUUUGAAAGUUGAUUUUUCACCCCAGCCUUGACGGCACUUCCCUUUUCACGGUAUUUGAAGUCAAUAAAACGCCUAUAGGCUACUCCUUCUGGCCAAAAGGUUUCUGACAUAAAUACAUCAAUUUAUGUUUAGGUACAAAUAUUUUGUACGACUCGUAAUCUUUUAUUGUCUUCAUUUUCAUCUGUUCUACGUUGACGUCAAGUUUACUCUUUUUCUUUACGUAAUCGGUUAUAUCACUCACAGACACUCCCUUCGCCACAUUAUAAAUGUAUACCGGGACUUUAAUCUCUGCCGCUCUGAAAUUAUCUCCAGGCUCCGAAAUAGCCUUCCCUCUGUAUCCAGAAAACCGAUUCCGCAACCUUUUCUUUUGAACUUGUGUCCACUCAUCACUAUGUACUUCUGAUCUCCAAUUGCCUUCGCAAACAAUUUCUGACAUAGACUUUGCAUGCCCUUUACUACGUAUAUCGAGUAAAUUCGUUGCUGUAUUAUCAGCGUUUACGCUUUUAUUCACCGGCACUGAUAUUGGGUCGCUCGUUUGUAUGCUCACGACGGCCGUAUGUCCCGCGCUUGCGUCGGCACAGGUCUCGGUGUUUACGCUCUCAGCUGUAGGCAUCGAUGGCGGCGGCUGGCUCUGCUCAGCCUGCGCCGGGUGAGUCAUCAUAACCGCCGUCUCGGGUAAUUCACGCAACUUACUAUUGUCGGGUAGCGGCGCAAUGCGAUUACCUUCUAAUGAAUUUAAUUUAAUUUCUACGUCCCGAUAUGUUGAUUCUCGUAAUGAGGUAUCGUUUACAUCAUUAUUCCCUUCGACAGGUAAGGGAGGCAAUCCCAUAGGACCACUUUGGCACUCGAAACUAUUUCGUAAGAAACCUCCACGACGCAAGUUAAUGUUGCGUCCGUAGUUAUUUACCACCGAUGUAUCCUUAAGGAUAUCAACCUCAGACUUUAGCUGGUCUAGGUCCUCCUGCUUCGCACAGUCCUUCAUAAUCAUGCUAAUAUCUCGUUGCAUUUUGACUAUGUCUUUUAGAAUUCUCGUCACAUCUACAUGGUCCCAUAAGACGGGAGGGAGUUUUUCAAGAGCCCUAGCAGUAAACACGGGAAUGUCUUCGGAAUGUGUACCCCGUAGCAGACAGAUAAUAUCGUCCAGAUCUUUCCGAGCCUUGCCGUCCUUUUUUCGAUUAUCUUUUCUCCGAACUAUUUUGCGCAUCUUUUCCGGGACCGAACCAAACAACAAGUCCUUUGCCGUUUCAAUAUCACUGUCUGAGAAAACACUCACACAUAUGUUUAUAAGACUUUCGUCAUCCAUAACAUCUUUCUUGUUAUCGAUAAAAGCUAGAGUCUCGUUUAUUACAAUGUUGCAGCUCGAACAUUUUAACACUUUUGAGGACAUUUUAAGUCCUUCACAUACAAAACACACACAACAGACAGCGCGACCGGGUAGAUGCGCGAGCGGCGCGUGACUAUGAUAUACGAUGUGAUAUAUGAUGACUACGGUAUAGUACACGCGUGUUAUCACGGUGACGGCGCCACAGUAAUUGACAAUUUAUUGAAACGCCACUGUCCUUGACAUUAGCCGCACGAUAAAUCACGGUGCUGGCCAGGCCUUGUCAACUUAUGUAUGGGACCUAUGCGGCAUUAAUAAACAGUAGCGUCAUCGACUAAAUUCGCUAAGAACUACGUCGGCUUCGCAGAUCGAUGUAGUACUUAGUAAACCGCGUAGAUGGCGCGGUAACAAAAUUAUUUUGUGGGUCAUUUGUUUUACCAGAUUUCUACCACAAAAUUGCCAAGUUAUUUGAAAACCUCUAAAAUGAGAGUAUUCACCAAUUGAUUUUGUAUCUAUCUAUUGAUUUUAAAAUACUAUGUUGCUUUUUUUAAUUUGUUAUUCUGGAUUUUCUUUCGAUUUUGUUAAUUUGGGAAUUAUCUGAGUUUUCCAAAAAAUCGUCCUAUAGACUGCGCUUUACAAACUGGUAGUUGUACAAACUGGUAUAAAGAAAAAUAUUGAUUACGUUUGAUCAGUAAAUAAACUUGAUUAAAGCAUCAGCAACAGAUCUUUUUUUUAACUUAUUAUAAACCAGUGCUUCACCACGAUCCCAUCUGGUGGUAAGUGGUGAUGUAGCCCUAGAUGGUAAAUCGCACUGUCUUAGCGUAACAAAAGCCUUUUCACUCUUGCCUUGAAGGCACCCAGAUUGUAUUCGGACGGAAAGAUAAACGCUGGCAAAUUAUUCCACUCCUUUGCAUUACAAAAGACGAAGCAAAUAAUAAUGCGUAGAAUAUCGGCAACUAAGUGGUGAAGAUGUGUUAUGUUUAUAGAAGAAUAUUUAAUUUAUAAAAUGGCAGCACUUAAAAAUUAAAAAAACAAGCGUGCACGUUUUCAUUCACUUCAAAUUUCAACGAUUUGUGACGAUUUGUUGAUUGAUGUUGUUUUUGUUUUUCCUUUAAUUUGUUACUUUAUUACACUUCUGUUUCUCCAUUAUUGCGUUGAGUUGAGUGAAUUUCGCCCCUCCGCAUUAGUGUCGGUCGAACCAGAGCAGUGUUGUUGGUGACAAGUUGAUAAACUCAAGUGAGAUACGGACUCUUUUCAUAGUUUGUGUAAAAUUGUGAACUUAAUUAGAUAGCCACCUUCUUACCUAUUUCACUAUGGCACCCAACAUUUAGAGAAAAUGUGCAAAAUGUGGGCGAUCUUCCAAACAAGUGCCAGGCAUUAAACUGUCUCGGUUUCCUAAACCUGGGCCUAAAAAUGCUAUUCGGUAAGUUUGUUUGUACUUUUCAUAUACAUAUUAGGUAUCAAGUUACUUUAACUUCUACAUUAAUAGUGUUUUUGUUGUACAACUACUGCGGCCCCCACAUUACACAUAGAAUCCUGCUAUUUGUUUUUAUAUACAUACAUUACAUUUUAAUAAAUAUAUUGCGAUGCCAAAGUUUUCUUUAAAAUUUUCUCUAAGGGACUCUUUAUAAUUUAAGUUAUAAAUCGCCCAUACGGAUCUCUUUUGCAAAACAAAUAUGGCAUCAAUGUCAGUUGCAUUAACCCAUAUCAAUAUUCAAUACGACAUUACACUAUGAAUGCAUAGUAUAAUCAAAUUUAAAUACAUAGGUAAGAAUGCACUAUGUUGUGUUUCAGCUGUGAAUCAUGGGCGAGAUAUUGCUUCCCUAAUUCCCCUUGGUCAUCUCUGCAAUUUCAAGAAAGGCUAUAUUCUGAAAAUAAGGUGCUGUGCGUUGAGGAUCAAACUCUAGCAUUGCAAGAAUAUCUGGGAUCAAGUUCAUCUCUAGAUCUCAAGUCUCAAUCAGGUCCUUCCCUUGUUGAGAAUAUUACGACUACUGAAAUGCAAUAUCACAAAGAUCAAACUCUAGCAUUGCAAGAAUAUCUGGGAUCAAGUUCAUCUCUAGAUCUCAAGUCUCAACCAGGUCCUUCCCUUGUUGAGAAUAUUACGACUACUGAAAUGCAAUAUCACAAAAAUCAAGCUGCAGCUCAAGAUCUCGAGUGUCAACCAGGUCCAUCUUUUUGCAAUGUUCUUAAGAACAUUACAAAUUCUUAUACACAGCACCACAAAAUGAUUGUCUGUAAAGAAAUACAGAAACAAACUUUUAAAAAAACUGACAGAGAAAAUUAUUUAUACAACAAAUGCAGAAGACAAGUGAAAAAAAUUUGUCAACUAAAAAGAACAAUUCAGAAGAUGAGAAAAGGAGAUGCCCUCAACAUUUUAG